AUGAGUUAUAAUAACCCCAACAACAAUCAUCUACACCCUCAUGGCUAUAACAACAGUCAUCGAGAAGACUCAGAUGGUGAUGAACUGUCGAUUGAGUUUCUCAACCAAAUAAGAAGCAACACUCCAUUAACCCAGGGGACUUAUAACUAUCAUAAUAGUUCUACAAAUUCACUUAAUUUUCAACAACCGGAACCAAUAUAUCGUAAUCAAACUCGUACAUCUUUGAGUGAUUCAUAUUAUGAUAAUCCGAUUUUUGACACUUCACAAACACAAAUUCAACCUCCGCAGGAUAAUCCAUUCACUGAAAGUUAUGAAAUGAGAGAUACUUCAUAUCAGGGUAAUGACCAUUAUCGUACUGGACAGCCUGCUCAUCUUAUGAAUCCCGCAUAUAACCAAGCUUUCAUUCCUCAUGUUUAUGAUGAGGACGAUCAUGACGAACAAGAAUAUGAUCAACGUAUUCAGUAUAAUCAAUUUCAAGGGGAUCAUUUUGAUUUGGCAACUGUCAGCUAUGCUGAUGAUGAGAGUCAAUUGGAAUAUGUCCCCGUCGAACGUGUCAUACCUGAAGAAGAAGAGGAAGAGGAAGGUGAAACUAGUUUUGAAAAAGAGCCUGGUAGUGAAACGGUUUCAGGUCCAUUUGGGGAAGAACGAUCAUUUGAAGAGCCCCCGCCACAACAAGAAGUACGUUCCAAGAAACUCACUAGAGCCACGGGGUUGAAUGGGCAUUUGGUUUUGGAUUGUCCUGUUGCUGAUGAAUUGUUAUCGAAAUUCCCUGAUUAUAACCCAGCUGAAAAAUCCGGUGGAUUAUCAAGAGAAUUUGCAUUUAUGAGAUAUACUGCAGUCACUUGUGGACCAUCAAAUUUCUAUCGAGAUGCUUAUAUUUUGAGACCAGUGCAUUAUCCAAUACCCAGACAAACUGAAUUGAUGAUUGUUAUCACCAUGUAUAACGAAGACGAUAUAUUAUUAGGACGUACUUUGAAAGGUGUAUUCAAGAACAUCAAAUACUUGGAAUCCAAAUCUCGUUCUUCAACUUGGGGGAAGGAUUCAUGGAAGAAAAUUGUUGUGUGUAUUGUCAGUGACGGUCGUACAAAGAUCAAUGAAAGAGCACAAGCCUUAUUAGCAGGGUUAGGUGUGUAUCAAGAAGGGUUAGCUAAAAGUAGAGUUGAUGAUAAAAAAGUGCAAGCCCAUAUGUUUGAAUACACCACUAGAGUUGGUAUUUCAAAAGUCACUGAUGAUGUAGUUAAAUUGACUACGGAAAAAGUUGUCCCCGUGCAAAUGUUAUUUUGUUUGAAAGAAACAAAUGCCAAAAAAAUCAAUUCUCAUCGUUGGUGUUUCCAAGCAAUUGGUCAAGUUUUGGAUCCAAAAAUUGUGGUGUUAUUAGAUUGUGGGACCCAACCAUCAGGAAGAUCAUUAUAUGAAUUAUGGAAAGAGUUUGAUCGUGAUCAUCGUGUUGCCGGUGCUUGUGGAGAAAUUACUACAUCAUUGAAAAAACGUCAAAUGAUUACCAACCCCUUGGUAUAUGGACAAAAUUUUGAAUAUAAAAUAUCUAAUAUUUUAGAUAAACCUACAGAAUCAUCAUUUGGAUUUAUUUCAGUGUUACCAGGGGCAUUUUCAGCUUAUAGAUUUAUUGCAUUACAAAAUGAUAUCAAUGGAAUUGGACCAUUGGAAAAAUAUUUUAAAGGGGAGUUCUUACAUAGUAGUGGAGAACUUGAUCCUAAUGAUGAUGAAUUCCAAAUGAAACAUUCAAUGUUGAAAGAGGAAGCAGGAAUAUUUACUUCAAAUAUGUACUUGGCUGAAGAUCGUAUCUUGUGUUUCGAAUUGGUUGCUAAACGGGGGUGCAAUUGGUUAUUGCGAUAUUGUAAAUCAGCAAGAGCUGAAACAGAUGUUCCUGAAGGGUUAGCCGAAUUUGUAUUACAAAGAAGACGUUGGCUUAAUGGUUCUUUCUUUGCUGCUAUAUAUUCCUUAGUUCAUUUCUAUAAAGUAUGGACAAGUUCUCAUUCAUUUGGUAGGAAAAUAUUUUUACAUAUUGAAUUCUUCUAUCAGUUGAUUAAUCUUAUUGUGUCUUGGUUUUCCAUUGGAUCGUAUUUUUUGGUGUUUAGGAUAUUGACAACAUCUUUGGGUGAUAAGGCAUUGGGAUUUGCGCCAGGUAAGAUUUUAUCAGUGAUAUUUCUUUGGUUAUAUCUUGCAUCUAUUGUAACUACAUUUGUUUUAAGUUUCGGUAACAAGCCUAAAGGUACAGAAAAAUUUUAUGUCAUGAUUGUUGUUUUCUUUGCCAUAUUGAUGGCGUAUAUGAUAUUUGCUGCUAUUUUCAUGGCAGUACAUUCUAUUCAAGAAAUUUAUCGAUCAGGAACAAGAAUAACCGUCGCUUUAUUUUUCCAAAACUCUGAAUUUAGAGACUUGGUCGUUGCAACAUCAUCAACGUAUGCAUUAUAUUUCCUUGCAUCAUUUUUAUAUUUUGAACCAUGGCACAUGUUUACAUCUUUUGUUCAAUACAUUUUGCUUUCACCAUCUUAUGUCAAUGUGCUCAAUAUUUAUGCAUUUUGCAACAUUGAUGAUGUUUCAUGGGGUACUAAAGGUGAAGUUGGAGGUAAAUCAUUGGGUGAAGCUAAAUUAAGAGAAGAUGGUACCUUCGAUGUUAGUGUUCCUAUUUCCAAAGAACAAAUCAAUCAAUCUUAUCUUGAUCAAUUGGAAAAAAUUAGAGACCCAGCACCUCAAGAUGGCAAAGUGCUUGUUACCAAUACCGAGGAUUAUUAUGCGUUUAUUAGAUCCAUGACAGUUUUAGUAUGGAUGUUUACUAAUUUCGUUGUUAUUGCCUUGGUUUUGGAAACAGGUGGGUUUAACCAAUUUGUGGCUGCUACUGAUUUGGCAGACCAGAAGAGUAAUCGUGCUGCAGUUUUUUUAACCGUGAUUUUAUGGACAGUGGCAUUUAUGGCAUUGUUUAGAUUUAUUGGUUGUAUUUAUUAUUUGAUCACUAGAUUAGGUAGAGAAAUUAAGGCUAGUGAACAUGCCACUAAAUAG